CAAAGUAGACGAUCAGCAGAGUCUCUCGUCGGGUGAGACCAUGAAGAGAGGACUCGGGCAAACCAUCCACCUCGACGAUGGAGAGGACGCCGAUCAUGACUUCCUCUCCCAGGUCGCCGAUGUGGAAGCCCGCGCUCUCUCCUCGAAAACGACUGUCAAGCGCGUGAAGCCCUCAUUCGCCACUGCCGCCGAUGCCAGAGAAGUCAAGCCGCAAGUCAAAGGAGCAUACCUCGCGGCUCUCAGAGGGGAAGACACCUCUGCCCCGUGGCCCAAGCAGCAGAGCAAGUUCGUCGGCGCAGGAAGUCGGGUCAAGGUCGUGGCGGGUGAUGGCACUAAUGCUAGCGGCGGGGAUAACGCGUGCUUCAAGUGCGGCAAGUUAGGGCACUGGGCGCGGGACUGUGAUAGUGCUCCUGUUGGAGGAGGGACGCAAUCGAGCGAGCUUCAGAAGGCGUGUCCCUGUGGGUUGGGCGAUUGUUUGGUUCUCACUGCGAAUACGGAGAAGAACAAGGGCAGGAGGUUUUAUAAGUGUCCUGUGAGAGAGGAAAAUGGGGGUUGUGGUUUCUUCGAGUGGUGUGAUAAUGAUUCUGGAGCAGCCUACAUGCCCAAUAUGUCCAGUGAUAGUCGCAGCAGCUCUCAAUUUCCAGAUCUUUUAUGCCCAUGCGGGGCUGGGUCUUGCUUAAUUUUAACCGCAAAAAAGGGGAAUAAUGUGGGGCAGCAAUUCUAUAAGUGUCCUGCCAAUCAGGGAAGUUCCUGUGGUUACUUCAAAUGGUGCAAUGACCAUACUGCGGUAGCUAGUCUUCCAGUAGCUAGUCUUCCAGCAAGUGCCGAUAAGGUCCAUAACAGUUUCAAUUACACGGGCAGCAAAGGCUACGGCACAACAAGUGGAUCGUCCUGUUUCAAAUGUGGCAAGGAGGGACAUUGGGCGAAGGACUGCUCUUUGCCUGCACCUGACUAUUCUUCCGUUUUAAGUGCCGGUAAGGUCCAUAACAGCUUCAAUUACGAGGGCAGCAAAAGCUACGUCGCAACAAGUGGAUCAUCCUGUUUCAACUGCGGCAAGGAGGGACAUUGGUCGAAGGACUGCUCUUUGCUUGCACCUGACAAUUCUUCUGCUUCAAGUGCCGGUAAGGUCUAUAAUAGCUUCAACUACGGGGGCAGCAAAAGCUAUGACACAACAAGUGGAUCGUCCUAUUUCAAAGGUGGCAAGGAGAGACAUUGGGCGAAGGACUACUCUUUGCCUGCACCUGACUAUUCUUCCGCUUCAAGUGCUGGUAAGGUCUAUAACAGCUUCAAUUACGGGAGCAGCAAAAGCUACGGCACAAGUGGAUCGUCCUAUUUCAAAGGUGACAAGGAGGGACAUUGGGCAAAGGACUGCCCUUUGCCUGCACCUGACUAUUCCACUUCAAUUGGAACUGGAAAGUCAUCUUCACCUGGUUCUCGUUACAAAGGCAGCAAGGCAGGAUACAGUGCAAAAGAUUGCCUUCCUUCUAACACUGUGGUGAAGUGGGAAAGGCAGUAACUCUUUUUGCUGUUGUCCCACUUGAUUGUUACAGAGAAGGGAUUCUACCGUCUGAUAUUGUUCUUGUGCAUACGCUUAAGGAACUUUGUGCUUGCUCUAAUUUGAUGAUUUUCCUCCCUUGAGAUUUCUAAAGACACUGCUGAUUAGACCGUCAUGUUGCUUCCUUUUCUCAAAACUAACAGCCAAAGAAGUGGCUUUUGAAUGUUAAUGUAAAGGUUUGUUUCGCGCCUAUUCAGAAGUAGCUCGAGCUUUUAAUAAUUGAAAUGGCUUAUUGAGCUUGACAUCGUGGGUACAU